AUGGAAGAAUAUAAACACAAAUGCGAUGGUUAUAAAGCACAAGUUAAAACAGAAACGAGGCUGGUUAUGACUGACACUCCACCAAGUGAUGGCCCUUCUCAGGGAACCGAGUUUGAUAUGAUGGGUGCUUUAGACUGGAAAGACGGUAUUGCAACUCUCCCUGGCAGUGACAUCAAGUUUCGCAUGACUGAGUUUGGAACAUUGGAAAUUGUAACGGAUCUAGGGCCCAAAGUGCCGGAGCCUAAGUGUGCACCUGUGACUGCACCAGCGUCUCAUACUCCCACUCCUCCUCCAGAGCAGACCACCCCAGUUACAAACCCUUCACCACCAGGAUCAUCACAAGCAUCCAAAGAGAAAAGCCCCAAGAUGGAAAGCCUGGGUGAGGUGGGUCCCAGUGUGGAGGUGGCGCAGGGAGCAGAGGCCAAUGUGGAGCUGCUGAGGUGUGCGGCGUGUGGAGCGAGCGUGGCCAAAGACGCUGUGAUUCAGAACAAAUACUGCAGCAGCAUCUGUGCCCAGCCCUCCAGUGGCAGGUCAUCUCCAGCAGAACCCAGAGAACACCAGGCAGUAGGAGGCGAGGGGCUGGGGAAGAGAAUCCGUAAGAAGAGAAAGAUUUACAUGGAUUCUGGCGACGAGGACGAAGAAAAUCAAGAGGAACCAGAGGAAAAAUCCAAGUCUGCCAAAGGCAAACGGGGUCCUAAGCUGCCUAAACCUGGAGUGCAACCACCAAAUAAAAAACAAAUGUGGUGGAGUUGGUCUUCGUACCUGGAAGAGGAAAAGGCUGUCGCUGCACCCGUGAAACUAUUCAAAGAGCACCAGUCCUUUCCCCAGAGCAGGAACAGUUUUCGAGUUGGAAUGAAGCUGGAGGGACUGGACCCAUCUCACCCCUCCCUCUUCUGCGUGCUGACUGUCGCUGAGAUUCAAGGCUACAGGGUAAGACUCCACUUUGAUGGUUAUCCCGAAUGCUACGACUUUUGGGCCAAUGCAGACUCGUGGGAUCUCAAACCGGCCGGUUGGUGUGAAAAGAAUGGACACAAGCUAUUGCUGCCGAAAGGCUGCAAAGAGGGAGAGUUUAAUUGGAGCACGUAUGUGAAGAACUGCAGGGGUCAGCUGGCUCCAAAGCAUCUGUUCAAAAGCCUCAACACGUCCGUUACGCCGUCAGGGUUCAGGACCGGGAUGAAGCUGGAGGCUGUGGACAGAAAGAACCCACCUUUAGUCUGUGUGGCCACGAUCGCUGCUGCCGUAGAUAACAGACUUCUUAUCCAUUUCGACAACUGGGACGAUUCCUACGAUUACUGGUGCGAUGCCACAAGUCCAUACAUUCAUCCGGUGGGAUAUUGUGAAGAUUCUGAGCUGUCCCUGACCACACCUGCAGAAUACAAACACCCCAAGAGUUUCUCGUGGGAGAAGUACCUGGAGGAGACGGGGACACAAGCCGCCCCUGCACGAGCCUUCAAACCCCGGCCUCCUCAUGGAUUUCAGAUCGGCAUGAAGCUGGAAGCAGUAGACAAAAGAAACCCAGUGCUUAUCCGAGUGGCGACCAUUUCUGACACGGAGGAGCAUAGACUCAAGAUUCAUUUUGAUGGUUGGAACUCGGAGUACGACUAUUGGGUGGAAACUGACUUUCCGGAUAUCCACCCUGUUGGAUGGUGCCAGAAAACCGGACAUCGCCUUGAAUAUCCCAAUGCUCCUUGGGAGGCGGUGCCCCCUGGACAAGGAUGUCCCACUCCUGGAUGUAAUGGAGUCGGCCACAUCAGAGGGCCGCGUUACGGAACUCACUACACUCAGGUGAGCUGCCCGUACUCAGAGCUGAACCUGAACAAAGACAGUCUGCUGCCAGAUCGACUCAGCGGGGAGCGACCGGUCACUCUGUGUGGACCUCUGCCCCGUGGCCGGCGCCCUGACACCCCAAACUCACAGCCCACCUCAACCGGCGAGCCGCUGGAAGGAGCCGACGACUCCAGCAGGAAACCAGUGAUGGAAGUGGAGCGCAGUACACGUAUUGGCAUUUCGGAGCCAGCAGGGGGAGCCAGUGAGCAAAACCACACGACAUCCAGACCAAAGCGAUCUGCCCCACCCCCAAAAUACUUGAAGAUGCACUAUGUUAAAGAGGAGAUUGGAGACUGCAAAGCUUCUCCAGAGGAAAUCUCCUUCCAACAGGCCCUUCACGAGUCGGUGUUUUCCCCUGGCAUAUCGGCGUCGCCCCCCCAUCGAGUGGCUCUGUGCUGGGACAAACACUGCCAGCUGCUGCCUGAGGUCCUGGGGCUGACGGCCAAGAGAGUGGCCGCGUGGAGCGCAGAGGAGGUGUCUGGUUUUGUCAAAGGACUUCCUGGAUGUAAAGAACAUGCUGCUACAUUUAAAACUGAGCAAAUAGACGGUGAGGCCUUUCUGCUGCUUACCCAAACUGACAUCGUCAAGAUCCUGUCUAUCAAGCUUGGUCCUGCUCUCAAGAUCUACAACUCCAUUCUGAUGUUGAAGAACGCAGAUGAGGAGUAA